CGGUAUCAUGUCGCACGCGCGCGCUCAUUUCAAUGCGAUAUCUUAUGAAAGAAUGAUGGUGCGAGAAAAAUGGCUGCGACCGAAGAAUCCAAGGACUCGCCUCUUCGGAGCCUGAGCAGCUUUAAGUCAGAGAUCCCCGGUGGAGAUGGACUCGGAGCCAUGGAUCCUAAAAACUCAAAAUCAUUCCAUCAGUACUUAGACAUGGUUAUCAAUGGAGCCGUGUUCCUGUUCAUCAUUGUUCUUCUCGUCUUAGUCAUCUGUUUCCUCGUUGCCGUAGAAUUGAUGAUCGCUUUCGGUGUCAUUAUGGACGUGGGUGUAAAGAAAGAUUCCACAUUAAGAGCAUUGUCAGCAACCACGUUAGCCAUUCUUGCCUUCUUUGUCAUUGAGGUCACUAUAAGAGUAUUCAGUCUUGGAGCCUUCAUUAAAAAACAGAAAAUAGAGAUGUUUGACAUCUUUAUUGUCACCAUAACAUUCAUCAUAGACCUAGUCCUACUGGCCAGUAACAUUGAAGGGGAUAGUCCAGGAACAAGGGCCAUUACGUUAAUAAUCUCUUUCAGGUUAUGGAGACUCUGUGGCAUCUAUAACACGGGGGUAUCGAAGGCAAGGGAGCAGGCAUCAUCUGAACUUCAGAUGGAGAAAUACGCAAGAAAUCAGGCUGAAAUCCAAGCUGAUGCUUUACAGGCACAGUGUGAUCAACAAUUAAAAGAGAUAGCGCACCUACGAGAUUACAUGAGACAGCACAGUCUAGAUCCUGACUCGCCCAAGUUGGGGUUUCCCCUAGAUUACAGGCGUCGCUACACGAUAGCAGUGGACUUUGAUAAAGCAGACACAGUCAGGGUCAAUGAUAGAGUUAAUUCUGAAUCCUCAUUAGCUAGUGCAAUAGCCAGUCUAGAGACAUCAACGAAGGUAGAGUCAUCGGGGAGAGGCGGAGCAGGGGGAAGCGGGAGCAGGAGGGGUCAAAGGUCAGAUAAUCCUCCGUCAUCAUCAUCCACCUCAACACCCACAGUCAGACCCGUCCAGCUCAACAACUUAAAUACAACUCCCACCACAAGUCGCGCAACGAGAGAAGGCCGUAGCAAUCCUGCCUAUGAGAUAGAGAUAGGCGAAGAGGCCAAGGAGAGGGAAGGAAGAAGAGGAGGGGACAGAGGAGAAGAGGAUGCUGAACCUACCGCAGUCACAGGAGCUCUGGAGGGCAUCACCAACCUGGCGUUCGAGGAUGAUCACUCAAGAGAUGGAGAGAUGAUGGAGAUUGGAGAUGGAGGAGAGGUUGUUCUACCGGAAGGACCAUCACCAUCGACAAAUAACAAUGCAGACGAUGAAGCUCAACUCAGACUAGAAUUAGAUGAGAUUGGGAGACUAUCAGAUGCAGCCCUCUUGGAAGAAUUAGGAGGAUCUUCGGUUACACAAGACAUUAACGGAGUCCCUACAACGUCAUUGUGAGCCCCCAUGUGUGCUGACGAUCAUGCUUGUCGAGGGUGAUGAAAGAGAUCUGCCUUCCGCCCACGCCCACCAGGUGCAGUCAUUACAGUGCGCAAUCAACGGAUCAACAUGGAAGACCUACUGCCUGGGGUCAUCAUCAGUGAUUGGAGAACAAGAACAUGGAAGAAGACUGCAAGACGUGGUUUGCUAAAUUAAGAGCAUUUUCUAUGAUCAAAUGUAAGAGAACUCCAUAAAUGUAGAUGUAUGAUAUAUAACUGCUGGACAGGACUUUUGUAAAACUGUUGGAUGUCAGCCAAUCCUGUUUAGUAUAGGUUAAAUCCCACCACAGGCAAAUCUACGGUCUAUGGAGUCGGUGAUUCGCUAUAUGUAUAUGUAGUCUCAGUGGAACAAAUCCAAAAAGACAGACUUAAUUUUUGGUUUAGAAGUUAAUGAUAUAUGGCUAUGUGGUGUGUUUAUCAACAAUUAUUUACAUAUUAUAUGUAAUUGGAUUGUCUUCUAACAAUAAAUAUGAUUCAGUUUUCUAGCCCAUGACCAAAGGGCUUUGCCAUUCAAGGGUAUUCAUUUAUCAAAAGUAUUCUCAAGUAUUCCAGUGCAUUGUAUGUACAAGUAUAAUGUAUUCCUAUGUAUUGAAGUCAAUUGUGUUUGUUUUUUAAUGAAUUAGCACUGGAGCUAUCAAAGCAAUAUUGAUCCAUGCAUUUUUGUUUUACCAUCAGCUUCAGACUGAUCAUUCAUUUCAUUCAUGGUUAACUUAAAUUGCUGAAAGAAAUUCCACAUUUGUCAGUUUUUUGUUGGGGGCGGUUGUAUAAAUCUUAACUUCAAUAUUCUUGGAGUUCAUUUGGUUGAUUUAAGGUUUUGGGAUAAGUAAAUGUUGUCAAAAGUACUUGUGGAAUAUUUCUUAGUCUUGAAAGUAUGUAGACGACUUGGAAGGGGUUGUAAAGUAUUCAAACAACUCUAUGACACCUCUUCUUGAAAUGAUCAAAAAGUAAUCAAGAGGGUUCUACUUUAUUGGGAUGCGGUAGGAAAGAAGGUCACACAUGUCUUUUUCUUAUAAUUAUCAUCAUGGCAAAUAUGUUAUUAUGUUCAUAAGUCUAUACCUUGAUUAGUGAUUUGGUUGAAAUUGUUUUCAGUAAUCAAUGCUAGGAUUUAGCAUUUUGUGGUGUGCAGUUUUGUAAAAGCUUAUAUCUUUAUCAACUAGUUUCUAAGUGCAAUCAGUAUUUAUGCCAUAUAAUGAUAUUAAGUUUCUUCAUGGAAUUCUAUCGCUGUUUUUGAAAUUCUAGUUCUUUGUCAGUCAUGCAUUAAGGCAAGUUUGUAUAUUCUACUAAACAAGUCCCAUUUUUGUAGAAUGCCCUUAAAAUGUUACUGUGUGUGUUUGGAUGUAGUCAAACCGUACUUGUACGUACAUGAGGGUAGAUGUAUACAUUAUUAUUGCCAUCACCGUAGCGAUUACAAAGGUGCUGACAGUGGAGUAUAUGAACUGUAUAUACAUAUGGCUUUGUAUACAUCUAUAUCACAUGUAUGGUAAUCAUCACGAGCAUCGUCACUUUCAUAAAUGCUGUGUGUUUCUUUCUUUAUCUUUGUCUGCUUUUCAUAGCAGCUUAUUCAUUAAAAUACAGAGUACCAUACAGAAAUUGCAUCUCUUGUAAUACGUUUAGCCAUUUUCAGUUCAUAGGAAGUUGAUGGUUAUUGAUGUUAUUAGUGGAGAAACUAAUACUGUUUCUGCAAAGACACUCUAUGGCUUUCAGAUUUGCCCCCUCCCAUACCGCUUCAUGUCUCUGUUUAUCUCUCUAUUUUGUGUUUUUCUUUCUCACCUUCUCUCUCUAUUUUAUUUCCUGUCCUGUUUUUUGCUAAGCAUUCCAUUCAUAUAACAUGAAUAUUUUUAAUAGAUAUGUUUUAUAAGAUAUAUAUAUAUUGAUAUUUUUUACUUGUAACAAAAUUCUAUGGACAACUGUCAUGCGACUUGAUUUUGAUGUGUAUAUAUUGGUGUGGUUCAUUCAUAAAGCGACAUGUCUAUUCUGUCAAUUUGUCUGUUUUUAUUUGUAUUAAUUGUAGGAAUUUGUGCGACUUUGUAGUACACCGAUUCCAGAUACUGCUGUGUGGUGCUGUAAUUAUUGUAGCGAAUGUAGGUGCUGAUUUACAUAUUAAUCUUUUUACUACCAGCCUCUGUCAUUCCGAAGUAUCUUUACUUUGACUAAUUCAGAGUGUGGAAGCAAUCUCUUCUCUUGUAGUUUCACCAGAUGAUAUUCUGAUAUAUUUAUUUUAUCAAUCAUGCGUCAUAAUGCCCUUUUGUGUAAGCUUUAGUUCAUUUCAUGCUUAUUUCUUAAAAUCAUGGCACAAAUUCCCUUCUUUGUAUAAUGGAGUUCUCACAAAAGUUAUAAAGUAGAUUUGAACCUUAUCCAAAUAAUUUGUUUAGUUUUAUAAGAAUUUAAAGACCAAAGGAUUUUUUUUUUUUAUAGAGCAAGAAUGAUAUAGCUCAAAAGUUGAAAAACAGGGGAAAACAAAAUAUUUUUAGACCAUAUUUCUUUGUUAUCCAGUGUGCAAGCCUCUUUCACUACACAUUAAUUCUUUAUACCUUUCUUAGUAUGAGUUUUGUGUACAUUUCACAUUAAGAAUUUCUAUCCAUUUGGAUUUCAUUUCUACAAUCCCCACAACUAAUGUCCUUCUAUGAAGAUUUGAUAAAUAACAAGACUAUAUCCCAUAUAUAUAUUUAGUGCGUGACAUUGUAUUCUUAUGGUGUAACAUAUUGUUCAUAUUUGUAUAUGUUUGUAUGAAGCCCCAAAGUUUCUUUUUAAAUGAUUUGUUACGCUUUUUGUAGUGUGUUCUGUAUUUCUCCACACCAAGUGUGCAUUACGCCGUCUUUCUCUAGUGAAUAUUAGAUGUUUGUAUUCAGUGUUGGUCAUUGUAUUCAUGUUUUUUGUUUUUUCUGUUCUUUUUGUCAGAGAUAUAGAAUUUUAUGAUUUAAAUCAACCAUUACUUUUUCUUUCUGCUGCAAAAUAUGUCUUAAUGUGUGGAGUAUGGUACUGCUAACAUUGAAAUCAUUUUUUUUUAUUCGGGGGGGGGGGGGAGGGCUGGUUUUUAACAUCAAACAUGUAUGCAUUCUAAUUUUCAUGAGAGAUAUCAACUGUGUAAAGAAAAGUUGGACCAAGCACAGUUCAAUUACAGAAAACCAUUAAUUAUACAUGUACAUCCAGUUAUUGUUAUUCGCUUGGAAGUCUCCUUUUGGGAUUGUAAACAUAGUUGUCUUUGCUGUAUUGAAGACUGAGUAAAGUGAGCAUGGUUAUAGGCUACACUGUAUGUUCCACUAAAUCUAGAAAUGUAUUUUGAGAGUAUAACUUUAGGCCUAUAUGUACCACAGGAACUAAGAAGUUUUGUAUUUAAAAAGAAAGAAAAAAAUAAACAGCUAUAUUUAAGUAUUUUUUACUGUGUUCUAAUUUCUAUCACUUCUUUAUAAAUACCACUGACCGCAGAAACACAAAGAGUCUAAUUUUUCAUCUUUUAAAUUCAUGAAAAUCUGUAUUCCAGGAUUUUUAUUUCUCCAAUUAACAUAGGAGGUAUGAAGAAUUAUCAUCACUAAACCAUGUAUGUCUCUUGUACCUGAUGACUCCUUAAAUUGUCUUAGUUAACAAGCAUUUAUUGUGUCAACGCUAGAUCUUUCCUCAAACCAUUGUGACGAACUGUUCAGUGUAGUUAGUAACAGUAACUUAAGCUUUAAAAUGGAAAAACAUAAAAGUACUCAGAAAUGUUGGUUGUGCGACACAUGCUCCAGCGACGAUUGCUCCGCGGUCGAUUUCUAACACCUACUGUAUUCCCAACUUCAAACAUGAACCAAUCACUAAACCUAACCCUAACCCUAAAACCUAACCUAACCUAAACUGCAGCUCUAUAGCUAUAGCUUUGAUGAAAUAAAGCCGAGAGCAAGUGUUGCUGGAGCAGGUGUCGUAGUGCCAGAAAUUCAUAUCAUGUGUCGUUAACGAAGGUUGUGAGGUGUAGAGAAUCACUAAUUAACAGGAGAGUUCAAAAUGACAAUUAUGUAACUUUGUUUCAUUUGAAAUUUGUUCUUUCUUUUUUUAAACUGAAGUUUCAAAUAAAUGGAGAAAUGUAAAUAUCAUA